AUGAUAAUUUAAUUUCGUUAUAGUCUUAGCAUUAGUCCAAAUUAAAUUUUAUUAAUUUAAGCCAAUUAAUAGAUUUUAGUGUUCAGUUAAAAUGAUUAAAUGCUAUUGUUGUUAUCAUAUUAAAUAAUACCUUUUUAAAUGACUAUAAAUUUGUAAGUUAGUACAGCUGUUAGUUAAAACUAAAAUAGCUAAAUUAUUUUAAGUUAUGACUAAAACUUAUCUUAGUUUUUAGUUUAAGUAGAUUCUGAUUUUUUUAUAUUCGACUCCAACCUUCAGAUAUUAUACAACGAUUCCUUAAAAAGUGAAACCAAAGUGAAUAUUCAAAAUUCUAUUUAGAAGAAUAUUUUUAUCUUAAAUUAACAUUAUGUUUUCUACAAUCAAUUUUCUAUUGCUAUUAUAAGUAAAUCAGAUCUAAGUAGAGUUGCUUAUAGGGAAUUUGAAGAUAUUUCUUAUAUAAAGUCAAUUAUUGUCAAUGAGAAAAGAAUUGUUUUAAGCACCUAAGAUUAAUAAUUUUACAUGUUUGCAACUCCGAAUUUGUUAAACAUUAUUGAAAAAAUACCUAUAGAGGCUGACGAAAUUAUUUACAAUAAAGAGACUAGAGAAUACUUAUACUAAAAUGAUUAAGGAGAAACAUUUUCCAUUUAUUUUAAUGAUUACUUGAUAAAAAAAAGAUUUUAAGAUUUUCAGUAAAUAAAUAAAAUGUAGCUUGAUAGUGUAACAGGCUAAAUUUUAAUGUCAUCAUAUUAUAACAAUACAAAUAUUUAAAAAAUAAAAAUAUAUUCUAAGUAAAUUUUAGAAGAUUCUUAAAAGCUCUACUCUAUUGAUACAAAUGUCAAUAUGAUUCAAAACUAUACAUCUUUAGGAUUCGAUUAGUUUUUGAUUUUAAAUAAAGAAGGAAGUGAUUAUUUAAUUGCAGCUUUAAAAUGGGUAUAAUAUGACACAAAUAUGAACAUUACCAGCUCUUUGCAUUCUUUAGUUUUCUAUCAGUAUAGUUCCUAUAAAAUGCUAUUUAUUUAGAUGAAACCUCAUAGUAGUUAAAUACGGUUCUUAAUAUAAGGUGGGAAAGAUGAAAUAAUAACCGUUAGUUCACUGAAUUCUAUAAAAAUAUGGAAUUUAACUAAUUUUUAAUUAAAUAAAAAAAUUAAUAGACUUCAAUUUUAAAUAAACGAUGUUAUUUAUGAUUAAGUAGAUGAUAUGAUUAUAGUUUGUACUUCGCAACCAUAGCUAAUUUUUUAUGAUUAUCAAACUCUUCAAAUUCUAUAAACAUUUUCUAAAUUUUAAAGAAGUUGCGAUAAGAUAAGCUUGGGACUUUUCAGACGCAACUUAAUUGCUACUGAGAGUGAUGGGAGAAUCAUUAUCUUCAACUAUAAAACGAUGUUACCUAUAUAAUAAAUACAUUUAGACACUACAGGCUAUAGUGUAUUAUUUUUAUAUCCAUUGUUUUCUUUAGAAAAAUACAAUUAGAUUCUAGAUUAUACUGAUUAAAAAUAUAAAGAAAAAGAAAAUGAAAAAAAAAUAGUAAUAGGAAGUUAAAGUGGAAAUAUUUUUGUGCUUUCUUGGAAGAAAAUAGAAUUUUCAAAUACAAAUAAUCCUUAGAUGUACCUAAAAGAAAUUUAAUAUGGGAUAUCAGAGAAAUAUGAAUACUAACUAGAAUUUCAAACACUACUCAACUCUGAAAUAAAGGCUAUUAUUGUAGACGAAUAGCUAGACUUAAUAAUCUAAUGUUCACGUGAUUAAUUGUUGGUUUCUUCAUAUUAAAAUGGAGAAGAAAUACAGAGAAUAAAUAUGGAUAUUCCAGCAUAUUCUAGUGGUUGCAUGAAAAUUAUUAUUAUUCAUGAAUACAUGGAACUUUAUAUUUAAACUUCUGACAAUAUCCUUAUAUAUAACUUGGCUUAUAUAAUAAAUGGCCCAUUCUUUCAAAAAUUUCAAAAUCGCUAUCAAGAGAGUACAAACUCAAUAAAACCGAUCAACUCUAAAUUAAAUAUGUAUUUAUUUAGAAACUCUGAAUCUAAACUUAUCCUUAUAGACCAAAAUACUCACAAUAGUUUUUUGAUAUAUUAAAAUUUGCAAACUUGCUCAGUUCAGGACUAUUUUAUCUUUUACGACAAUUGUAUUUUGAUGAAGUGUUCCUAAUACAAAAUUUUAUUAUAUUAGCAUCAAAUUAAGAAUACCCAGUUAGAAAGCUUACCUAUAAACUCUAUUUUAUAGUAAAAAAUACAGAUAAUUUAGAUAUUAAUUUAGUCGAUCUUCUUCCCACAAGUUUUCUAUAUUAUUAAUGCUCCUAAUGAAAUUUUAGUUCUUAGAUUUUAAAAAUUAAAGUCAUCAAAAGAUGUUAUGUUUUAAUGCAUUCAGGCUAGCAUUCCUCAAAAACAGCAUAUUAAAGAUAUUUUAAUGAUAUCUAGAUUGAUUACUAUAAUAGCUUAUUUCGACGGUUCAUUCUAAUUAUGCAAUCCCUUGCUGAGUAAAUGCAAUUCUCUAAUUGUAAAUGAUUUUACUAGUUUCAUAAAUGGAUUUGCAAUUAAUCCUUUAAAUCCUUAAAAAAUAUUCUUUUAUUCAAAUUCAGGGCAAAUAAAUCUUUAUUAAAUAACUUUUAACUAAGACUACUUCUUAAAUGUUAAUUAAGUGGUUGAGGAAGAAAUUAAUUGCAAGAGCCUUUCUAACAUAAAAUAUCCUAAUUCUGAUUUUUUAAGCUCUCUUCCUAUUAAUUAUAAAGAAGCUCUAAAAAGUUAUUUAGAAAAGUAAAGUAAAAUACAAGAUAUGAAUGACUAAAUUUAGUUGGAUGAAAUAGAUUUUAUAAAUGCCGAAUUAAUUUUUAAUACUUAACUGAUAGAUUAGAAAAGUAUUAUCACAGAGGGUAUUGAUGAGUUUCACAUAUUUCAAAAUAUUAAAAUAUUCAUCACUCCUGUUUUUUCAUAAGGCUUAAUUUAUAUUUGGGAUUUAGAUAAAUUUCAACUGCUUAAUAACAUUUAAGUUCCAAGUUUAUCUUUCAAUAGCUACAUUAAAAUUUGCAGUACUUUUAAUUCCUUUUUUUUAAGCACAUGUAUAGGCUUAAACUUGUAUCAAUAUAAUCAAUAAAAUUCUAAUUUUUUGUUGUAAGAUUCAUUUUAUAAAAUAAAUGAUCCUAUCUUAAAUCCACGAACCAAUUUUCUAAAUUACUUUGCUGACUUUUAGAUAGUAACUAGCCUCAAAGGAUAUUAGAUUAUCAACUUCAAUAAUAGCAUGAUUCCAAAUACCUAAAAAUUUAUUUAGAAAAUUAAAAUAGUGAAUCCUAUAAUAGUAAGUGUUGAAAUGGUUACUGAUCAACCUUUGAACUCAUAAGUGAAUUUGAUUGUUUUUGGGUUUUCAAAUCACGAAAUUUUUUGGCAUUAUAUAAAUUUGAAGUAAAUUGAUUCUUGCAUAAUGAAACUUGACAGUUAUGGCUUGAAUGAAAUUUAAGAGGAGUUAAAUUCGAUUGAAAAAAAUUAAGAAAUUCAAAAUUUCAAAGUGAGUAAAUUUAAAAUAAAUUUAUUAUUUUAAGAUGUUUUUUAUUUGCUAUAUAAUAUUCCGAUUUUCAAAUAUUCUAAGCAGAGUACUUUGAAUAUCAGCGGAAUAUCACAAAUUAAAUUUUCAAUUGCUUCUGAAUUAAAAAAUAUUUAAAUAUUUUUAAAUUGGAAUAAGCUAAUUUUAUAAAACAUAAAAAUUGAUAAUUCAACUGUAUAAAUAAACUCAUCAAUUUCAAUUAUUGCGAAGGAUGUUAAUAACUCUCUUAUUUUUAACAAUGCACAAUUUAACAAUUUUAAUUCAGAUCUGUUAUUUAAUAUUCAAUACUUUAAUAAUAUAACAUUUGAUGGUGUUAUUUUAAUUGGAAGUUAAUUUAAUAACCAAACUCUAUUUUAAUUUUAUGAAUGCAACUUUAUUUCUUUGGUUAAUUUUGAGGUGGAAGGUAUAACUGCUAAUAAUUUCACUAUAGCAUAAUUCUUAGGUAGGUUUACAGCUUUAUCAUUCUAAUAUCUUUUUAUAUCAUAGCUAUAAAUUAUGAGUUCAAACAUAACUAAUAGCGAAUUAUUUGUCACGUAAUUCGGUUAGAAAGCAGAAAUAAUUAGUGCUAAAAUUAAAAACAAUGUGGCAUCAGCGUCCAUUUUGUUUGAUCUUUAAGGAAUAAUAUAAACAACUAUAAGCAAAUCUUUGUUUUAUAACAAUACUUCGAUAUGUUUGCUAAACUCUUCAAGUGAAAUCGCAAUAGACUACGACAUUUACUCUUAGUUUUAAGUUUAUUAAUCUAACUUUUAUUUAAUUGACUCAGAGAUUGAAGAGUGCUAAAUAGAUAGUAGUACGUACAGUAUUUUAAACUUCAGAAAGCAGAAGGUAUUUAUAAGUAAUUUAAAUGUAUCAAAAUCAUCAGGAAUAAAUGCUCCUAUUCCUUUAAUAUUUUAAAUACCCUAUUAUAACUCAUCUGUUAUUUUACAAGAAAAAUAAGAUGAAAAUUCAACUUAAAUUUUUGAAUAGUAACAAUAGAUCAGCUUUUCAAAUUUAUUUACUAUAAUAAAAUGUUAUGAGUUAAUACAUAUGGAGAUAAAAAAUAGUAAUUUUAUAAACAUUAAAGGAAUAAAUCAUGUUAUUUAAUCUCAAGAUUCUUAAUUAAUUAAUGUCAUUGGUUGCAAUUUUACUUAAAGUGGAGAUAAAUACUCAACUAAUGGCUUGAUUUAUACAGAAACAAGUAUUUUGCAAAUUGAAAACUCUUCUUUUGAGGAUAAUGUUUCUUAUAAGUGUACAAAUAUUUUAAUUUUAAAUUCUCCUAUUGAUGCAGCUAGUAGUUUUGUCAACUUUAUAAAUAAUACCAGAUUAAUUAACAAUAAGGCGUAUCUUUUUGGAGGAGCAUUAUGCUUUUCUAACUCGUAGCUAAAUUUAUUUAACACGGAUUUCAUCUAAAACAGUGGCUAAUUUGGUGGAGCAGUAUUCUAUUAAAAUUAAUAUGAUUAUUUGCAAUAAAUUAAUAAUUCUAUCUAAAAAAAUAUUCAUAAAAACUUAAAAUUUAUCAAUAACUCAGCAGCUAUUUUUGGGAUUAAUUACGAUAGUGGCUUAAGCUACAUGUAAGCAUAUGAUUUAGAUUUCGAUGGAUAAAACUAUGUGAUCGAAGAUUUUAGAAGUGGAGACUCAUUAAGCAGUCUCAAAAUACUUCUAUUUGAUUAAGAAUAGUAGCUUAUUUCAAAUGAUCAAACAAAUUCUCUUAAUUUCAAAAUAAAACCAAUUAAGUUAGUCAAUCUUAAAAUAAUAAAUCAAUCAGAUUUUGAAUAGAAAAUAGAAAGCGGAAUUUCUUAUUUGACUAAUGAUAGGCUCCGAAUAUUUGGCAUUCCAGGUGAAGUUGGUUAUAUUUAUUACACUUCUGAUUUUAUUGAUAACUCUUAAGUUGACGGUUUAUAGAAAAAUCAAUAACCAAUCCUGUAAAUUAAGCUUAAAUUUAGGAAAUGUUUAAUAGGAGAAAUAUAAAGACUGGAAUUUGUGGAUGAAUAAAAUAAAAAAAAUUAUUAUUCGUGUUUUUAGUGUCCAGAAGGUAAGUACUCCUUAAUUGAGGGAAGCUAUGAUCCAAAUAAUAACAAAAAAAUGUGCUAAUUAUGUCCCAGUGAUAAAGCUACAUUUUGUGAAAAAGAUAUUAUAAAGAUAAAAAGCGGUUUUUGGAGGGAAAAUAACAUGACUGAUAUAAUUAUAGAGUGUAAAAACAAUCCUGAUGCUUGUUUAGGAGAGGAUAAAUGCUUAGAAGGACAUAUAGGUCCAUUGUGCGAAGAUUGUGAUAUUACAGGAGAAGUAUAUGGAAAAAAGUACACAAGAAUCAACAAUGAAGUUUUUUCAUGUACUUAAUGUGAGAAUAAUUUUGCUUAAAUCUUUAUCAUGUUUUUACUGCAGGCAGCUAUUACAGGUUAUUUAGUUUGGUCUAUCAAAACAUCGCUUGAUCGUUCAAAGCAGAUUGUCAUGGCAGAUUUAAUGAGAAAGAUGACAUUAGUCAGCUUAGGUAAGAGCUCCCAAACUAAUUCAACUUCGGCAUUUAUAAAAAUUAUCGCUCAUUAUGUGUAGGUUAUAUCUUGCUUGAAAUAUUAUCAUCCUUAAUACCCUUCAUUUGGAUUGUUGUAUGUAGAUUAUAUUGGAGACCCUGUAGACAAGUCUACAUUCGCUUUUGAUUGUAUACUGAUAGAUUUUGAAUACCUGAAAAUACCUUUUGAGUACUUGAUCAUAAUAUGGUCUUAGAUAUAUUAAAUCAUAUAUUUGGUUCUUUAUCUUAGUAUUUACUUUUGUCUUAUUAAAAUGAAGAAGGUACAAUACAAAUAAUAUGCAAAUCGAAACGCUAUUAUUUUCUUUAUCCUGUAUAUAUAAAAUAGCGUUAUUUCUUAGCUUGUUUCAUCAAUUUCUUGCAGACGUAUUGGAGAAAAUAGCUAUAUUAGAUCCGCAAUUUCUAAAAUGUGCUUUACUCAUGAUUUUUAUGAUUACUCUUUUAAGUUGAUAAUUCCUCUUCUCUUUUUUUGGGCUUUGUUAGUUCCUUUGAUAGGAUUUUGUUUAAUUUUUAGAAUUAGAAAAAAACUUUUUACAUUUUUUAAUACUUUAAAUUACGGAUUAUUAUAUUUAGAUUAUAAACCUUAAUACUAUUAUUGGGAGUUCAUAAGAAUAAUAAUCAAGAUUACCUUAAUUUUUAUUGUCAACUAUUUCUAUUAGAGCAUUUAUUACUAAGGCAUAAUCUCUCUUUUGAUUAUAUUAAUAUAUUCUUACUCACUUCAAAAUUUAUAGCCUUACAAAGAAAAGUUUUUUAACGAAUUAGAGCAAAAAUCAGCAUUUAUUUAGUCUACCUUCUUUUUCUUAGUUUUGGUUUAAUCAGGCUUAGAAAUUCAGUAAUAUUCUUAUUUGAGUUGGGUUAUAGUCAUAAUUAAUCUACUCUUCUUAGUGUAUCUAAUAUAUCUCUGUAUUUCCUAUCAGAUAACAAAAUAGCAAGUCUAUAUUUUCUUAUAUAAAAUACCUUUUCUUAGAAAGUGUGUAGAAAAUAAAAUUCCUCAGCAACCAAGAAUAUUUAAUGCCUAAUAGCUAUGGCGCAGCUUAUCAAUAUAUGUAAGAGAUUUCAUAGAAAGGAAAAAGCUAAAUAAGAAUGCAGAAUUUUAUGUUUAGCACCUGUAGCUUGGAAGCAGUCAAUCAAAUCUUUAUAGAGUUUCAUAAGUGAAAACAUCUUAGCAAUUUAAAGAGAUUUUAAAAAAAUCAACACAAUUAAGUGUGUUUUUAGGAGACCAAAGAGAAGUUGAUACCAAGCACGAUACAUCACUAAACCUAAACAAGCUUUAGGUUAAUGAAAUAAUAACAGAAUCAAGAGUUAUUGGCAAAUUCGAUGCAAUUUCAGAAGAAAUCUAAGAAGAAGAUCCUGAAAUUUAAUCUGAAAAGAAUAAUGACUAAAUUCCUUAGCAAUUAAAUUAAAUAAUCAUUCCAGAUUUUUAUCCAAAUCAAACAAAAUUACAAAUAGAAUAAUAGUCAGACAGAAUUAAAACUGAAGAAAUACUUGAUACAUAAGCAAAUGAAGAAAAUAAGAUUCUCAAGACAGAAUAAUCAUUUAUUAACAACGUUACUUAGCCUUCCAUAAUCUCUCCUUAAAACAAUUUAAGCAACUCUAACUAAAUGCUAAUUAAGCAACUAUUUCAGCAGUAGUAAAAGACCGAAGAAGAUUUAGAUUUAGGGCAUAAUUAGAAUGAGUAGACAAAGUAAAUACCAAGAAACUUUAAAGUUAAAGAAAAUAACUUGAAUAGGCAAUAAUAAAUAUAAAAACUGAUGAAAAAAUAGCAAAAUAAACAAUAAAACUAAACCAAUCACUUUUAGCAGCAACAAGAAUCUAAAGUUAUAGCAUCUUUAUUCACACCAAGAAAUAAUGAAAAUCAAAGCAAUAAUCCAGUAUAAUCCUACAGAGAAGCCUUUGCUGAGAAGAUGAAAAAAACAAUAAGUUUCAGAAGUGCUUAAAAGCAAUGA